AUGAUUAUAUUAUUUGGUUUAGAGCAUGAACAUCAAAGACCAGACCGUGAUCGUUAUAUUGAAAUACAAUGGAAAAACGUUGAGCCUGGGAAAGAAAUUAAUUUUGACAAAAUAAAAUUAACUGAUGUUGAUAUUUACCACACUUAUGAUUACCAUUCGCUUAUGCAUUAUGACGGCACUGCUUUUGGAAGAAUUGAUAAAAGAAAUAGAAAGCCAAUGAUGACAAUGAGGCCUAAAAGGGUUUGGGAAAUUUUGAGGAAAUUAAAAAAAUUUAAUUAG